ACGUAACUGAUCCGCACAGUUUGUCGGGUGUGCGGAUGCCUGCGGAUACAUAGGGGUACGUAAACACUAUUACGUAGGAGUUACGUAUGUUUAACGUAUUUUUGACAUAUAUAUUGCGGAUCUUACGAUAGGACUUGCGGUAAUUGCGUAUGCUUGCGGAUGGGAUACGAAUAUUACGGAUGGGAUACGGAUGUUACGGAUUGGAUAUGUAUGUUACGGUUGAGAUACGGAUAAUAUGCGGAAUUUUUACCUAUGUCUUCUUUCAUUUCGGCGGAUGUCGCCCAUGCCAAAUGGUCUUCACUUGGGUAUGCAACCCUGGAUGCUGCCAGCAUCCUCAUCAUUGUCAGUUCUUCAACUGUAGACUUUCACAGGUCACUCAAGAUGGAGAGAGAACGCCGCCUUGUGUUGCUGGAUUGUUUGAUGGCCAUCCAACACAAUCAGAUGCAGAUGAAGAUCCCGAUGGCCAAGAUGCAAGCCAUCCUUGAAAGGAGAAAAGAGAGGAUGUGUUGGGUUCGUCACUGGAUCACAUUGCGACCACACCAGGGUGCCUAUGGUAACCUGAUGCACCUGCUACGCAAUGAGGAUGUUCAGGGCUUCCGCAACUUCACCCGCAUCACACCUGCCAUGUUUGCCGAAAUGGUCACCCGCCUCACUCCUCGCUUACAGAAGUAUGAUACCUGGUACAGGAAGGCCCUUCCAGUAGGCUUGAAGGUCGCCAUCACCAUGCGCUACCUUGCCAGUGGGGACUCCUACCACAGCCUGAUGUACCUAUUCUAUGUACCCCACAACACCAUCUCACUCUUGGUGUUGGACGUGUGUCAGGCCAUCUACGCUGAGUAUGGCGAGGAGACCAUCAGCAACCCAUCUACUCCAGAGGGGUGGAAGGGCAUUGCCCAGACCUUCUCCGACCGGUGGAACUUCCACCAUUGCCUGGGAGCCUUAGAUGGCAAGCACAUCCGCAUCAAGGCACCCGCGAACUGUGGCUCCCAGUUCUACAACUAUAAGGGGUACAACUCGAUUGUACUCCUUGCCCUGGUUGAUGGCAACUACAAGUUCCGGUGGGUGGAGGUGGGAGCAGGUGGUGCGAGUUCUGAUGCCCAGAUUUGGAACACGUGCAGUCUGAAAGAGGCAAUUGACGAUGAGAACAUUGGAAUACCACCAGAUGAGCCACUGCCUCAUGACGAUCGAGACAUCUCUUAUUUCGUGAUUGCUGACGCUGCAUUUGCACUACGCACCACCCUGAUGAAGCCUUUUGGUGCCAAGCCACUGACCAUGGAGGAGAGGAUAUUUAACUAUAGAGUUUCCAGAGCCAGGAGAUGUGUGGAGAAUGCCUUUGGCAUUCUUGCAAACAGAUUCCGGUGUCUUCUGAGUGCUAUGGCACAGGUGCCUUCCACAGUGGAG